GAAAGAGGAGAGGAGAGGGAACGGGAUCUCGAGCCCCAGCUAGUAAUCCACAUCGAAAUCUACGGGCCCCCAGUAUUCCAAUUGGUAACCGCAUCUCAAUAUCUGAAAACAAAACCAAAAUCAAAUUUGUAUCGGUUGAAGCCCACAAUCAAACCGAAAUAAAAAACUUACUUUUUGCGAGCCACAUAAAUAUAAGUUAAUGUUUUAAGGUAUUACAAACACAAGAUGGAUACCAAAAACAUGCACAACAAACCCAUGAAUGGGGAAAAGUUUCUUGAGAUGUUGUCAACAAUAUCAUUGGAAGAAAUAUUACAAUUUGAGUUCCGUCUAAAUCCAACGAAAAAAUGGGAAUUGUUGGUAACCCCCACAGAUCCACGUUGGAAGUACAAUUGCAAUAUUUGCCGUGUUGUUCAGUUCGGCGACAAGAAUUUGUUUAGCCACCUUAGUGGUAAAAAACAUAACGCUGUAAUGGUAGCUGAACAGCAAUUGCAAAUAAGAUUAAAGCCUGCCGGUGGUCCAUCGAAAGCGGUUACCGCACCCCUUAAAAGAGGUCCGAACACCAAUAUGAAUAACAACAAAAAUAGCCCAUCCCCUGUUGUUAAAAAUUCACCGGCUUCAAACAAAAAUCUUCCAAACAAAAAUGAUGGCGCUAACGCAACCGUUAAGCAGGCAGGUGGGAAUUUAGCUGUGAAAGCUCAACCCACUCCAAAGAAUAGUUCAGCUGCGGGCGUUAACGCACAGAAAAAGCCCAACCCAAGUGCCGUGCAACAAGCUCAAAAGAACACAACAGGAAAUAAUACAGCCCCGCAAAAGACUAUCCAAGGAAAUAUAACACCCAAUCAAAAGAAUAUUCAAGGAAAUACAACACCCAAUCAAAAGAAUAUACCAGGAACCGCUACACCCAAUCAAAAGAACACACCAGGAACUGCUACACCCACACCUAAGAAUAUUCCAGGAACUAUUAAUUCACCCGCUCAAAAAACUAUUCCUGGAAAAAAUCCAACCAUUCAAAAAAAUAUUCCUGUUAUUGGUGCGACUGAACAGAAAAAACCUAAUGUAAACAAGGGAAAUAUUCAAGCGAAUAAAACUGUUGGUAAUGUGGCCAGCCCAAAGAAUCCAGGGCCUAAAAACGGUCCACAGGCAGCUACUACAACAAACUUAACCAGUCCGUCGAACAUUUCAAAGAAUUUGCCAAGUCCUGCUGCCAAAGCAAAUGUUGUGGCUAAGCCAAUGACAAAACCUGUGCAGAAUUCCCAGCCACCGGCAAAAGUUCAGCCUGAAACACAAACGCAGCCGAAAACAAAGCCACAGCCAGUUAAAACUGUGCAGAAAGCAAAGCCCAACAAUGUGGACAACAAGAUAAACAAUCCGGAUAUAGUCAAGAAUCCACUUUCGACAAAAAUCAGUUGUGUUCCGCUUGCCAAGCUUAUUUGCUCUUCUUCAGAGCCUGAAGCGGAUUCAGAUGUAAUUAUUAUUGACGAACAAUCAAAAGAGCAACCAAGAGAACAGCCAAAAGAGGUUAGUAAGCCGCCUGAGACUCCCAAAAACAUUUUACCGAUUCAAACGACGAAGCCAACGAAUGUGGUGGCCAAAAAGCCAACCAAAAAUGUUGCGCCUCCCGUUCGUCCUAGUAUCAGUAAGGUAAUAACACCUUCCUAUGUGGCUGCUCCAAAGGAUUUCGCACCAGCUAGAUCUGGAAAUGGCACAUUUGAGUCCAGAAGUCAAAGUCACGUAAUGGGUCUCGUCGGCGUGGAGUACGUUUUGAAAAUUGUGCGCAAUUUGUCCGAUAAGAAUGCCAGAUACCAAUGCUGUCUAUGUGAGAUCACUGCCGACGAGCAAUCGAUGCACAACCAUUUGCUGGGCUACAAUCACCGUCUUAAGUAUUUCGACAAGCAUUUUCCGACAGCAAUGCGCCAGUACCGUCAGUACGUGUCCCAUGUCCCAGAGGGUGAGGUCUGCAAAAUAAUGAUGCCCGUCUUUGAUAAGCUGGCCAUGGCCAUUGAAACCCAUCAUGGGCGGAAAGCUGCCCAUCUGUGCUAUGAACAUGUCUAUGCCAAAGAUCGCCAAGAUUUGUUCUCGCAGGUGUACAAUAGAAAGCAUUCGUCGGAGAAGAUGGGACCUUCGUUUACCCACGUUGUCAAUGCCGAAGAGGUUGACGAGCUGAUUGAAAAAGCUCGAAACAACGUGGCCUUGAUGAACAUUGAAAACCCGAAUCCCUAUUUCAUUCCAUCACCAUAUGCACCACCUCAGGGUCCCAGUAACUAUAUGGGGAGCUAUCAGAAUGCACCGGCUAAGAAUCCGUCCCAAACUGUUGACGAUGAAACGCACAAGCGCAUGGUUGAAAACUUCCUGAGGGACACCAGACAGAAUUCGGGCGAAGUGCAGAAGUCACGAAACCUAAAGCGAAACCGCUCCAGAUCGAAGUCGCCCGAUCAGAGGAAGCGGGUCGCCCCGAAGCAGCGGCAUUGGAAUGUGGAACGCAGGUCGGUGUCGCCUUUGCGCGAUGGCGAUAUUUGGCAGGCCUACCGUCACAUGGUCGAUCUGAAGGUGCGUGAGCUAAACGUCUCCUUUGACCAAUACAAAUCCGACCCCGAACAGCAUCCCAGCUAUCAGACCGAGUGGCAAAUGUUCUGGAAGCGCCGCAAGGACGAGCUUAUACAGGCUGGCAUUAAUCAUCGUUCUUAUAACUUCCAAAACGAGUGGAUUCAUUUCUUUAACGCACGCAUCGAAGAAUUGUACAAUCAAGAUAUUGAAAAUAUCAAAAUCAAAUGUCGUGAAAGGCUGUGUUUGCCAAUGACAAACAAUGAGUUAGCCAACGAAAAGUAUCACGUUCAUUUGCCCAAAACCAAUGAGCCGCCCGUAAUGAGAAAACCGGAGGCAACUGCUAAAGGUCCCGAAAAAAUGUCUGUUGAUGUGGUGGAGCCGCCGAAUGUGAUCCAUGUGCUUCGCCUUUUAACUGCUUUGGAGAACUACCUUGGGAGUUUGGGUCCUUUUAUUACCGAAAUGCUGGUGAAGGCUCUGCAAACGCAAAAGAUUUAUCCAGAAAAAGUUCAUUUCUUGAUUUUAACAGCCGAAAACUGUGCUAUUUUGGAGACGGUAAAGGAAAAGUUUACGGGUCUCUUGAUCUCUCAAAUCUAUGAUCCUGCCAAGGAAAGGGCAUUGAAAAAAGCUAUUAAUGAUACCGAGCUUUUGCUUCAGGAGGCCAGUAAAUAUAACCACCCAAAGCAGUCUGGUGAGAAUCCAGCAUUGCCGAUGGCCAACAAAAAUCAGUAUAACGUCGAAAAACCCUUGGAUAAAACUGAACUAGCAGCAAAGCUGGUCUCAUCUCUGGUCUCUCAAGGCAAAACAUCUAUUAAUCGUGAGGAACUUCAGAAGAUACUCCAAGUAUACACCCUAAUUGAGCAAAAGAAACGCCAGGAUGUUCCCUCUACCAGUUCGGUAAACUCCGUGCCCAGCACAUCCAAUAUCUUGGCUCCUCCGAACUCAAAUAACAAUGUUAACUUGUUGGCACAACACUCGACUAGAAAUUUAAACAUUGCAAGCAAUGGAAACAGCAAUGUUAACAAUGCGACCAGUAUGUAUACUGGUCCAAACUACUCGGGAAAUGUGGCUCGCUUUAACAACCAACAAAACAUUAUCAAUCCUAACACUUUGAACGCGUAUCCCACUGAUCGUGGAUUUGGAUCCAGCGGAUCCGGCUUAUCAGGCGAAUAUCAAAACAAUCAAUUCGGCUCAUCUGGCGCAUCGACGAUGAAUCCAAGCAGCGUUUUGCGACACGACCUCACUACGUCGUCGCUUUUCAACUUCAACACCAACUUGAACCCAGCUUACAACAACCUGAAUCGGAGGAAUAAUUUUUAAAUGGUAGUCCGUAAAGCAGCUAGACUUUUAAUCGAAAUUUACAUGAAACCCAUUAACUAUAAACAUGUAGUCACAACAUUUCAAACCAGAUACAUUCAUUGAAAAUUUGUACAACAAUUGAACAAUGUAUUGUGAAUAAACCGAUGGCAUAAUUGAAAAUAUUUGUCUUAAUAUAUACGCAUAUUAAAUAAUCGGAAAAAUAGUUUUUAAGGCAUACACUUUUAAA